AGUUCUCAAGUCAGAUCUCUUCUCAUAAGGGCACUGUGUGGAGCUUCUGAGAUCUGUGGAGGUUUUCCUCUGCAAAUGCAGGAAGAAAUCAGGUGGAUGGAUGCAUAAUUAUGGCCCUGCUCCUGGUCUCUUUGCUGGCAUUCCUGAGCUUGGGCUCAGGAUGUCAUCAUCGGAUCUGUCACUGUUCUAACAGGGUUUUUCUCUGCCAAGAGAGCAAGGUGACAGAGAUUCCUUCUGACCUCCCGAGGAAUGCUGUUGAACUGAGGUUUGUCCUCACCAAGCUUCGAGUCAUCCAAAAAGGUGCAUUUUCAGGAUUUGGUGACCUGGAGAAAAUAGAGAUCUCUCAGAAUGAUGUCUUGGAGGUGAUAGAGGCAGAUGUGUUCUCCAACCUUCCCAAAUUACAUGAAAUUAGAAUUGAAAAGGCCAACAACCUGCUCUACAUCAACCCUGAGGCCUUCCAGAACCUUCCCAACCUUCAAUAUCUGUUAAUAUCCAACACAGGUAUUAAGCACCUUCCAGAUGUUCACAAGAUUCAUUCUCUCCAAAAAGUUUUACUUGACAUUCAAGAUAACAUAAACAUCCACACAAUUGAAAGAAAUUCUUUCGUGGGGCUGAGCUUUGAAAGUGUGAUUCUAUGGCUGAAUAAGAAUGGGAUUCAAGAAAUACACAACUGUGCAUUCAAUGGAACCCAACUAGAUGAGCUGAAUCUAAGCGAUAAUAAUAAUUUAGAAGAAUUGCCUAAUGAUGUUUUCCAUGGAGCCUCUGGACCAGUCAUUCUAGAUAUUUCAAGAACAAGGAUCCAUUCCCUGCCUAGCUAUGGCUUAGAAAAUCUUAAGAAGCUGAGGGCCAGGUCGACUUACAACUUAAAAAAGCUGCCUACUCUGGAAAAGCUUGUUGCCCUCAUGGAAGCCAGCCUCACCUAUCCCAGCCAUUGCUGUGCCUUUGCAAACUGGAGACGGCAAAUCUCUGAGCUUCAUCCAAUUUGCAACAAAUCUAUUUUAAGGCAAGAAGUUGAUUAUAUGACUCAGGCUAGGGGUCAGAGAGCCUCUCUGGCAGAAGACAAUGAGUCCAGCUACAGCAGAGGAUUUGACAUGACGUACACUGAGUUUGACUAUGACUUAUGCAAUGAAGUGGUUGAUGUGACCUGCUCCCCUAAGCCAGAUGCAUUCAACCCAUGUGAAGAUAUCAUGGGGUACAACAUCCUCAGAGUCCUGAUAUGGUUUAUCAGCAUCCUGGCCAUCACAGGGAACAUCAUAGUGCUAGUGAUCCUAACUACCAGCCAAUAUAAACUCACGGUCCCCAGAUUCCUUAUGUGCAACCUGGCCUUUGCUGAUCUCUGCAUUGGAAUCUACCUGCUGCUCAUUGCAUCAGUUGAUAUCCACACCAAGAGCCAAUAUCACAACUAUGCCAUUGACUGGCAAACUGGGGCAGGCUGUGAUGCUGCUGGCUUUUUCACUGUCUUUGCCAGUGAGCUGUCAGUCUACACUCUGACAGCUAUCACCUUGGAAAGAUGGCAUACCAUCACCCAUGCCAUGCAGCUGGACUGCAAGGUGCAGCUCCGCCAUGCUGCCAGUGUCAUGGUGAUGGGCUGGAUUUUUGCUUUUGCAGCUGCCCUCUUUCCCAUCUUUGGCAUCAGCAGCUACAUGAAGGUGAGCAUCUGCCUGCCCAUGGAUAUUGACAGCCCUUUGUCACAGCUGUAUGUCAUGUCCCUCCUUGUGCUCAAUGUCCUGGCCUUUGUGGUCAUCUGUGGCUGCUAUAUCCACAUCUACCUCACAGUGCGGAACCCCAACAUCGUGUCCUCCUCUAGUGACACCAGGAUCGCCAAGCGCAUGGCCAUGCUCAUCUUCACUGACUUCCUCUGCAUGGCACCCAUUUCUUUCUUUGCCAUUUCUGCCUCCCUCAAGGUGCCCCUCAUCACUGUGUCCAAAGCAAAGAUUCUGCUAGUUCUGUUUUACCCCAUCAACUCCUGUGCCAACCCCUUCCUCUAUGCCAUCUUUACCAAAAACUUUCGCAGAGAUUUCUUCAUUCUGCUGAGCAAGUGUGGCUGCUAUGAAAUGCAAGCCCAAAUUUAUAGGACAGAAACUUCAUCCACUGCCCACAACACCCAUCCAAGGAAUGGCCACUGCUCUUCAGCUCCCAGAGUCACCAAUGGUUCCACUUACAUACUUGUCCCUCUAAGUCAUUUAGCCCAAAAGUAAAACACAAUGUGAAAAUGUA